GACGGGGAAAACUGAUGCCAGAGGAGAAGUGGAGGCAAAGGGAAGGAGAAAAGGUGGGGGGGAAACACACGGGUGUGUGAGAGCGGCAGGUACCUCGGGCCGAUCAUGGACAUCCGUUUUUAUGGUUUUGUUAUGAGGAAGUGGAUUCUUUCUCUUUGACAAGCGGAACCUGUGCACGAGGACUGAAAGGAUGGGUUGUGUAUUCAGGCUGUCUGCUGCUGUGGGACAUGAAGUGGGUCGACCCUGACAAGGGGCUGAAAGGAGAAGCUGAACUGAGGCAGUUUUGUCCAAGUGAAAGAGCGCAAGAGGGAGAAAGGGGAGGGAAAAAACCAAACUAUCCAGGGACACAACACAGCUCCAAACUGCAGGAUCAGACGGACAAUACCUUGUUUUUUUUCCUGCUAUGACAUCUGAAUAUGCACACAAAUAUCCAAAGACUUACUCUUGUGGUGUAAAUUGAUAUUCUAGUGCUUUCCAGCCAGAGAAAAGAUCCAUGUUGUGUGUUUCUUUGACCUUAAACUGGUUUUACAGGCUACAUGUGGACUGAUCUUAACUAGAUGCUGCUGGAUUUGCAACCUGCUGAACAACUGUAGCCUUCACCUCAGCUCUGGACCAAAUCCCUUUUUACUGUUUUGCACUUUUUGUCGGCUCAUUUGGAGUCUCAGCAGUCAAUCAACCUUAAAGAUCACCCAGCAUCUCUCAACUUCAGAGGCCAAACUUUCCCAGUGACCUCCAGAGCAGCUAUAGGAGGAAAAACUUCCUCUGUUCGCUCCAAAAAGCUCACACACGCCUCUGUCCCCGCGCCAUGCAGACACCCGGACCCGAGCACGAUGACUCUUUUAAUUUCCUGUUUAAGAUCAUCCUUAUCGGGGACACUAACGUGGGGAAGACCUGCGUUGUACAGAACUUUAAGUCGGGGGUUUUCUCAGAGAGACAGCAGAACACCAUCGGUGUGGACUUCACCGUGCGCACCGUGGACAUCGAAGGGAAGAAAGUGAAGAUGCAGGUGUGGGACACGGCGGGUCAGGAGAGGUUUCGCACCAUCACUCAGAGCUACUACCGCAGUGCUCACGGCGCCAUGAUCGCCUACGACAUCACGCGGCGAUCCACCUUUGAGUCCGUCAACCACUGGAUAAAGGAGGUGGAGCUCUACGGCGCAGCAAAUGUAGUUUUGGCUCUCAUAGGGAAUAAAUGUGACCUGGAGCAAGAACGACAAGUCCAGUUUCAGGAGGCCUGUGAUCUGGCCGAACAGAGAGGCAUACUUGCCGCUUUAGAAACGUCUGCAAAGGAGAGUCAGAAUGUGGACGAAGCCUUCCUGAUGAUGGCCAGAGAGCUGCUGUCUCGCAACGGCCUUCACAUUCAGCAGGGGGACCUGGACAGCAGCCACUCGCCGCGGAUCCUCCUGAGAGAGAACUCCAGACCCGUUAUUGGCAACGUAGCUUCCUACGCGCCACCGGAGAAGAAGUCGUGUUGCUGAGACGGGCAAAGAGUUACUGAUGGGAGGAAUUAUGAGUUCCCAAAGGAAAGGACACUUUAAGGGUUAUAAAUGUGGACAAAGAGGAAUGCAAGAGGAGCAAAACCUGUAUGGAUUAGAGUCAGCAAGACCUCAAGAACUGCAAAUGAGUUUAUAGGCAGUCGUUGGGUAGGUAUUGGAAAAUCUAUUUAAGUUGUUUUGCUGGAAAUUUGUCUAUGUGAAGGAACUACUGACAAAGCCAGUAGGACUUGAGAUCAGUGUUUAGAUCACAGUUACUGUAAGACACAUUCUUCUCAUGUCAUCUACAUCCUGGAUUGUUUGUCUCCACAUAAGUGCCUUCUGAGUCCUGCCUUUCGGCGUGUGCAACUAAAAUCAAACUGAAUGAUGAUAAGAGAACAGCAACAACAACAACAACAACAAAAAACUGUCAAAUAUCCAAACAAAUUUCCAUCAGCUUCCAAAGAGGAAACACUGGACACACUUCACUAGGUUAUUCUUCAAAUUAAAAUGCAAUCCAGAACAGAAAGUUAAAGGUUGAAGUGGUUUU